UUGUUCCGCAACCGGUAUAUCUAAAACUUUAUAAGCUCUUUUGCCAGUGUUCCUGCACAACCGCUUUUGUCCGGACUCUGACCAUAAUUCAUGAAAAGUUUUAAAUUUGAAAAAUUUGGCCGUGGAAUGGGGAACUUAUGGAGGAACGGCACAGUUAUUGUUGCGUUAUAAAUCUAAUUAGAAUAUGUGAGCGUUCGGGGCCCGUAUCUGAAUAUGCACGUAGACUAAACCAAUUCCAAACCCCCUUUCCUGGGCUCAUUUCAUAUGCUCACCGCAUCUGGCCGCAUCUGAAAAUUGCCAAUGGCGCCGCUGCGUCUGGGGCAAUAAAUUUGAUUUGUUUCAAAUUACAGAAGAACGCAAUUUCUUCCCUUCGCUUUUUUUUUCGGUUGCAUUUUUUCGGCUGAGCCGGUAAAUCGAAUUGAAUUUUGGAAUCCUUGGAGCUGCGGUUGCUUUUUGUGGGCAAUCUUAAUUUACAUAAGCAAAUCAAAUUGUGAACGUAAUGCGAAGACAAUGGCAUAAAAGGGGAGGGUAGAAAAAGGAGUCUGAGUCGGUUUAGAAUGGAACUAUGUUGAGUGGAUGGCGCAGAUUUUGCUCCUUUUAUUUUCUACUUGUUUAAAAUAAAAUGUGUCAGCUUUGUAUGUGCUAAAGCUUUCUUUGUUUUACUCAAUGCGUCAGGGAAAUUUAGCUCAAGUGGUGUGUGGAGAAAGUUGAAAGGACUGCCAGCACCCGGAAAAGUAGAGUGUGAAUCCUGAAAUAAAAAUCCUUUGAAGUGCAAGUGUUCGAUAUGUGUGGCACUUUCCUUUUUCAUUUUUUUUUUUUGCCCAACACUACACAACAAUCGAUGGAUCUCUUACCAACACUACGUACUGGAAUUCCCAUCGCAGUUGCACACAUGACAAGCAACUUUUUUUACGUGUGUGUAUCGUGAUUAACCCUAGUGAAAAUUCUAUAAAUUGUGAAAGAAAUUAGAGUCAAUCUGAGGAUAUUUUUUUUUUUAACAAACGACAACGACGAAACAAGGAAAUCUCCUCUACACGCACAAAGAAUCAGCGAACCCAAAAUAUAAUAUACAGACUACCAGAAAAAUACAUAAAGAUGUCUUCAAGGGCGGCACUUUAACGCAGAUGUAAUACAGCACAUUUUAUAACUUUUUCGUCCUUUUGGGUUUAAGGUUUUUGCGUAGCCUUAAUUCAAGUUAUCCCACCUGAGAUCCCAUUUUCUGGCGUUCAGUUUGCUGUCAACUCUUUGCUUCGUAGGAGUGACAGUUUGAGGUACCGGACACACAACAUAUUCUUUAGCAAUCUGCGUUAACGUACGCACAUAUAUAUAGAUAUAUGUCGUUUGGAUCGUGAUUAGGCCUUAUCGGUAGCAAUGUCCACUGCUCUGGCAAUGGCAGCGGCGGCGGCAUCCUCGAGUGCCACGGCCUCAGCAGCACAAGCAGCAGCAGCAACAACGAAAGCGGCGAUCAAUAGCAACACCACAAACACAAUAGCGUCGCCGGCAACAACAACCACCACCACCACGAUGAAGAACACCACUACAAAGACCACAACCACUGAACCAGAUCCAAAUAUGUCUACCAUAUCUUUGGAAAUUGAAGAAUCUGGCAAGGAACAGGCAGAGGAUAGUGCUCCGAAACCACGACGGCAGCGCAAAACCACAGUGGUGCACACAUGUCCUCGUCCACCGGGUGGCUACAGGUACUCCAUGGAGUAUCUCUACGGGAUUGGAAGUGGAAUGGCUGGCGUGACCCUUAAUAUUCCCACCCCGUAUUCAAUAACUCCACGCACUGUAAGAACCACGGCUCCCUCACUGACCACCCACAUGCCUUUACUGCCCACCAUGGGCAUGGCAGCCGCAGCAUCGCCACGCGCCAGUGGUUCAUCAGGGAAUCGUUCUGUAGUUGGUUCAGCAGGAGGAGCCACAGUAGCCACGGUCACUCCAUCCACAACGGUUGCAGCUACAAGUGCCCCUGCAGGAUCAGCUGGAACAUUAGCAGAGGGAGCAGCUUCAUCUGGUGGCCUCACAGCCAGUUCACCAGGCACCAUGCCAGCUGCACAAUUUAUCUAUCAAGGAUAUCUGCCCACUGGACCCCAGCGACGUUUGUGGCACACGGAAAACGCCGUCUGGCAGUUUGAUAGAAACUACCCAUAUAAUCAGGCCUAUUCCUCUCAGUAUGGAAUACCAAUGAUGCCAGUGGGCUUUGAGCAUCCAUAUGGCCAGCGAAUUAUCUACCCGGGUUAUCUAAACCAGGCCACGGGUGGAUUACAUCCUGCUCCAGUGCCAGGAAUUACAAGAGCCAGUCGUCAUGUGGUACAGCAGCAGCAGCAGCAGCAGCAGCAGCAGCAGCAGCCACCUUUGUUGCCGCAACCAACAACGGUUGGUGGCGACACCAGGGAGGAAGCUACGACAACUCUUGGAAAUGCCCCCCAGGUGAACAGUCCUUGGCGCAACGGGAGACCAGGUGAACAUCGAUCAGGACGACAGUUGGUGACCGCUGCAGCGGGCUCAACUGUUUACCACAGGGAUUCCAAGUCCUUUUACAACAGCAUCACAGGUGGUGCGACUGGUAAAGCACGUCUUAAAGCUCCCUUUAUGGCGAAUUCUCGUAGUUAUCAAGGAGGAGCUAUUGCAGCCGGCGGAGCAGGAGCAGCAACUGCAGCAGCAGGAGGAGGUGGAGGAGUGGUCACAACAGCAGUAGCAGCCAACUCCAGCGAUCAGAAUCCAACCAAUGUUAAUAAUCAGGGAUCCUCUUCGAGCAACCAUUCCAGAAUUCGUCAUAAAUCAAAAAGAGGCGGCAAGAAUGCGUUUGGCAAAGAGCGCAGCUCGAAUUCUUCAGGAUCUCUGUCUGCUUCCUCCUCGAAGUCCCAAUUACACAGGUGUCCCAACUCGAGCACUACCUCCAUUGCGCUAAACAAACAUACGAAUCGCACCCACAGAAACCGGAUGCGCAAUAUGGCCAACCAGCAAGUGGAGCAUAGACCGGUGACCAUAGCGGCGCCAGUGAAUAAACAAUACCAGUCGCCGCCACAACCAGCGGCAGUGCAAAGAGUUGCCAAGUUCCAUCAGCAAUCACGUUACUAUCAAUCCCGACACAUGGAUGCUUAUGUCUAUCAACCCGGGCACUAUAUGACUUAUGCACCGGGAUCACCGGUUCUGGGAGGAGCAGGAGCGGGCGUUGCAAUGCCUGGAAUAGCAGAAGAAAUCGUAGGAUCUGGAGGAAGUGGAGUUGGAGGAGCAGGAGGAUUGAGAGGACUAGGAGAAGUAGGAGGAGCAGCUACGGCCGCGGCCAGCAGCGCCACCUCGGAGGGCGAGCAGCCGCUGGACUCGGACUUUGAUCAGCGCCAGGAGUAUGCUGACUUGGGUCUGGAUCCAGCCAAUGGCGGCUUCUCCUCCGACCUGGAGCCGCUCGGUUACAAGCACGACACCUCCGAACUGGAUGCCCGCUCGUGCCAGCUGUCGCGUCCCAGUUCCGAGAUGAACGUCGACGAUGCCCAUUCCUUUGCCAGCUAUGCACCGAGUGUGGAGAGCGAUGACAUCGAAAGUGACCUAAGCGAUGCCUCCGUGGAGUCGGUGGUGCGCAAGAUAAUGGUCAGUUGUCUGGCCAUGGCCACCGGUGCCCAAGAACCCGAUCUCAGUGGUCCGAAUCUGGUGCCCUACGGCGAUAUGUAUCAUCUCAAGGAGCUGGAGAAAAAGUCCCAGCACACGGGCAUGAGCAACGGCUUCAGGUGCCAACAGAUGCCACAUCAUCUGCAUCCGCAUCUCAGUCCCAGAGGAAUGAGUUGUUGCGGCGAUAUGUUGAGUCAACCCUCGGAGGAGAUGGUCUACAAACUGAACCAGCAGGAUGCCUUUGGCAUGGACAAGAGCCACUUGAAGGAGCUAACCGAGGAGGCUGACAACAUCUCGGUUGAUGUUAAUCUCUCCUGCAGUCCAUCCGCCUGCUCCAGCAAAAGUGCAUUGGCUCCGGCGUCCAACAGAUCCAAUUUCAUCAUGCCAGAAGAAAGUGCUGACGAUGAAUUGCCCUUGGCGAUUCACAAUCGCUAUUGGCGCGAAUUCUUUGGUUAUACACCAGCGGAUCGCUUUUUGCUGCGAACCAAGUUGGUGGAAAUGAAGCGGCUACCGAAAACUGUGGUCACUAAGAACAAGUGGGAUCCCUUGUCGCUUUCCAUUUGGAGAAAGUUUCUCGAGGCCCAGCAGACACGUCAUGUGUAUAAAACCAAGAUGCGACUAUGGCGAUUCAUUUACACAGUGGCCAUGACGGCUUAUCCCAGAUAUGGCUUGUAUCUGGUGGGAUCCUCCAUCUCGUACUUUGGCUCCAAAUGCUCGGACAUGGACAUUUGCAUGCUGGCCUGCACAAUUCCCAACACUGAUCCCCGCAUGGAGGCCGUCUAUCAUCUGCAAUUGAUGAAAGAACUGCUGAAUCGCACGAAUAUGUUCCAGGACUUCAAUCUGAUCGAGGCCCGAGUGCCGAUACUUCGAUUCACCGAUCGGCGACACAAAGUGGAGGUGGACAUUAACUUUAACAACUCGGUGGGGAUCAGGAACACCCAUCUGCUGUACUGCUAUUCGCAGUUGGAGUGGCGACUCCGCCCGAUGGCCUUGACCGUCAAACAGUGGGCCCAAUAUCACAAUAUCAAUAAUGCCAAGAACAUGACCAUAUCGAGUUACUCCCUCAUGCUGAUGGUCAUCCAUUUUCUGCAGGUAGGAGCCAAUCCGCCAGUGCUGCCAUGUCUGCACAAGCUUUAUCCGGAUAAAUUUGGACUGCUGCAGCCCACCGAUUUUGGUUAUGUGGAUAUGAACGAGGUGAUGGCUCCGUAUCAGUCGGAGAAUACCCAAUCCCUGGGUGAACUGCUGCUCAGUUUUCUGCACUACUACAGUGUAUUUGAGUACGGAAAGUAUGCAAUCUCGAUUCGGGUAGGCGGUGUUUUGCCCAUCGAGAUUUGCCGGGCCUCGCAGGCACCCAAAAACGAUAUACACCAGUGGAACGAGCUGUGCAUCGAAGAGCCCUUCGAUCAGACGAAUACAGCCAGGUCGGUGUACGACGCGGAUACCUUUGAGCGCAUUCGAGCCAUCUUUAUGGCCAGCUAUCGCAGACUGGAGACGACGAGGAAUCUGAAUUCCAUAUUCGAGGGCUACGAUGGACCCACAAUCCUGAUGCAACAGCCUUCGCCGGAAUCGGAAAGUGAGUUCUUUGAAGGCCAGAAUCAGCAGCAGCAUUUGCUGGCGAAUAGAGGAUCCUCCAGAUCCAACAGUGAACGACCCUCGCCGCGACCCUCUAAACUCAUGGUGGACAAGGCCACCACGGCCAUUUGGAGCGAUAUCAAUGGAAGACCAGAGCAAAAAGGUGCUCCUCAGGAUAGUGAUGCAACCAGUAGUGUAAAUGCUGGCAAUAACAACAAGACCUCCAAGAAGAUGCGAGGCAAUGAUGAGCCACCGUGUGCUUAAAAACUUUCACCAAAAAUAUAAACCAAAACCAAAAAACACACACAACACACCAUAUCAUACGCCAAAUCAAAGAAAUCAUAUUACAUCACCCACGAUCAGGAUGUAACAAAAAAAUUGAGAGGAAGUUUUUUGUAGCAGUUGCCGGGCGCUUUUAAACCGAUUUAAAUUUGACGUUGGAUAAUUACAUAUGCAUAGUAGGGAAUUAGCCGAUUUCUUCAAUUCACUAAAAGUGAAAUGACCAAAUAAAAAACAAACAUUCAGCUAUCGCAACGCAAAGUCGGUCGCAAAAAAAGCACAAAAGUCUGCAAAAAAUGCUAGAAAUAGUUUCAUGUGUUUGCGUACCACAACGACUAAACUUGUUUUCACAAGCCUUAAAGCAAGCCAGUUGCUAAACAAAUGUAGCAAUUGAAAUUAAAAUACCAAAAAAAUAAACAAAAUUUAAAAAUGUAAAAAAAAAAAAUGUCCGAAGCAAAGCACUUUUUGUACAAAGUAGGGAAAACACACAUUACAACAUCAUAAUAUUCCUACUUUUAUACAGGUAUAUUUUUGCACAUAACAAAUCAAUCACCAACCCAAAAAAAAAAAACAAAACAAAAAAAACUUCAAAGAAAUCAUAAUGUAAAAACACUGAAAAACUCCACCAAAUUUUGUAACAAAACAGUGUAAAAAUUUAAAAACCGCGCAAAUCUUCACAAAAAAGCUUACGAGUUAAAUGGUUGGGUAGUCAAACUCAACGAAAAAACUUGAAAACCUGAUGAUAGCGCCAAAAAAAAAUUAUAAAAUAUAAAACCCUUAACAAAAAACAGUUU